GCUGCAUUUGCUUAGGAAACGAGGGUUGCAGAAUCAAGUCCAUGGACUGGAGAGGCCAGUCGCUCUGGGUGCUACCCCAGAGAAAGGGAGGAACCUUGUUUUGAAGGAUCUAUCCUCAGAUCCACUAGGGUAGCCUUAGAACCUAAAGCUGUCCCAGCAGGCAGCCAUUUCCUGGAGUUCAUAGGUCAUGACAGGUGGUUUUAUGGCAGCUGGAGACCUCCAAGGGCUUCUGUUACCCCUCCUUGCAGUAGUCACCCACCUCGGGGCUGGGGAGAGUGCUACGAAUGACCUUGAGGAGGGCCAGGAACAGUAGAGAGGAAGGAAAGAGAAUAGCCACCUGGGAGUGUUGCCUACAUCCUGGGGUGUGAUGGGUGAAGGCUCUGGGCAAGCAGGGCUUGCCGGCUGCAGCAGCCUGAGGAUACUGUUUCCCUACUUCCCCACCUCCUUCAAGCCCAGGUAGCCCAGGGCCUAGAACCGUCCAACAGGAGCUCAAAGCCAGGCAGGUAAAGCCCUCUUCUGGCAUAACAAUGCUCCAUGCUGGUUCUGGGCCUGAGCCUGGCUUGGGACUUGUCACCUCCCUGUUUUGUAUGAGGAGGUGAGGCUGCAGGGUAUGGGGACAAGCAGGGAAGGGGAAAAGAGAGAAGGGUCUGCUCUCACCUGCCCCAUCCUAUUGAGAGAGACCAAGUCCUCCAAAGCGGGAUUCUCAUGUUUCUGGGAUAGUGGCAUUUUUCUGACUCCCCGGGGGGCCUCAAGCCUCAUCUCGUCCUGUAGGGUUGAAUGGGACAGCGUGCUGGGCGCUAGGGUGCGGGGCCCUGGACUGUGGUACUCCCAGAUUUAGGUCCCCAUCAUGGAAAGGCAUACACCUACCCAGAUUGUAAUCCUGGAGUUAGAGAAUGAUAAAUGUGGAUCCCCCCAGGUUGCGAACAGUCACAGACUGUGACCCAGGCAGGGGCAGUCCCUUCCUCCUCCAGGGUCACACUGGCCAAAUGGGCCUGGAAUCCCUGUACCCAGAUCUCUUGUCAUGGUUCUGCCCUCAAAUCUUCAAAGAAUGACAGAAGUCAUGAUUUGAGCACCUACUAAGUGCAAGACUCUACCGGAUGUUGGAGAUGCGGAGAGGGCUGCCCUCAAGAGCUUCUGGCCAGACGGGUAGAUAUUACCUACUACAGGGGAACUACAGCUGCCGAAAAUGAUGGGUUUGCCUGAGGACUGCAGGACUUUAUGAAGUGCUCCCCUUGAUGGAAGGGGGCCCUGCCUGCAAAGCACAUCGAGGCCCAGCAGUGGAUCUAUGGUGAGGAAAUCAAAGAUGGGAAGUCCGUCAGUGAGAGAAAGGUAUUGCCUAUGGGCAUAUCCCAAAUACCCCUCCCAGAAACUUCCCAAAGAACCAGGCCAGAAAUUGGGCCUCUGCUGCCCUCUAAUGGAGGAAAGCAGCGUCUAGCACUGCCUGCCGGGACCCAACCAACCUGCUUCCCCUAAAGGAAAGGGGAUGUGAAGGACCUUCCUGCUCCCCCCCUCCAGACUUUUUAUUCCCCUAGAGUCUUGAGCUUCAUUUCCAACAGCCUCUGAAGACGAAUCUUUUCCCCUUCCAAGCACUCUUGGUUGCCCCGUUUCCUGAUCACCACCCUCCAUUCCGUUUCCCCAGUUUCCUUUGUUGCCCAGGUUCUGAUUCUGGUAUCCUGGUUCCUGGCCCCGCCAGAGUUCUGGUUCCAGAAGGCCCUUACCAGGUGCCUUGGGCCUCGCUCCCACCCGGGCGCAAGGCCACACUGAAGACAUGGGUAUGAGCAUCCCCCAGUACCUGGGGCAAAUGGACAUCCGCAAAAGUGUAGUGGGCUUGGCCACAGGUGCUGGGUUCAUCUACCUGCUCUACAAGGCCAUCAAGGCUGGUAUCAAAUGCCAGCCGCCCCUCUGCACUGCCUCACCCAUCUGCAUCGCCCGUGAGUGUACGGGCCCUAGGGAGAGGGCUCUGCCCCAGGAGGCACCUGCUCCCGAGGCCUCCAGUGUGGGAGGGCCCAAAGGCCUGGCAGUGGAGCGCGAGCGGCACGGGCGGGACUCAGGUGAGCUCCGGAGGCUGCUCAACUCCUUGGAGUACAAACAGGAUGAGUACGCCAAGAGUAUGAUCCUGCACAGUAUCACGCGCUGUGUGUACUUGCUGGAGGCCGAGGUGAGGGCAAGGAAGCAGGAGGCCCCUCCCAGCCAGCCCAGCCCCUGGGGGCUACGCCCAAUCCCUACCCUCCUGGCUGGCCACACUGUGUCCUGGGACCUGUCUCUCUGGCCGAUGGCGGGAGGGCUUGUGCUGAGGGGUCUUGUUGACGUGGGGGGUGGAUGCAGUGGGCCCAGGACACCCGCUUCUCCUGCCUCUUCUGUCUCUCCUGGCCCACUCCAGGCCUCCUCUUGUACUGCCGAUGACAUCAGCUUGGUGGGCUCCAUGCUAGAUGACAAGGACAACAGUGUCAAAAUCCAAGCUCUGAACACACUUAAAGCUUUCUCUGGCAUCAGAAAAUUCAGGCUCAAAAUCCAGGAACACACCAUCAAGGUGCUGGAACUGAUCUCUACCAUCUGGGAUUCAGAGCUCCAUGUUGCAGGCCUCAGACUCCUCAACAGCCUCCCACUGCCUGACUACGUACAUCCACAGUUGCGACGGGUGAUGCCUGCCUUGAUGGAGAUCCUGCAGUCCAACUAUAUCCUGGCACAGGUGCAAGCCAUACGAUUGCUGAGCUACCUGGCACAGAAGAAUGACCUUCUGUAUGAUAUUCUCAACUGCCAGGUGCACUCCAACUUCCUGAACCUGUUUCAGUCCACACAGCCAGGGAGUCUGCUGUUCGAGGUACUGGUGUUUGCUGAGCGGCUAAGUGAGGGCCGGAAUUCACCCCACUACCGUGCCGUGAAGUGGCAUUACAACGAACAAUCUUUGCAUGAAGCUCUCUUUGGGGAUGAGUCACGACUGGCAGACCGGCUACUCGCCCUGGUCAUCCACCCUGAGGAGGAAGUUCAAAUCCAGGCCUGCAAGGUCAUAGUCAGCCUGCAGUGCUCCCAGGAUGUGGGAGUCCGGCCCUCUUCCUGCAGGCCCAGUCAUUCCUACUUUCAUAGCGGGGAAAAUAAUUAAGGAGAGCCAAUAAAUGACUAUGGGAGAAAA